AUGAGCGCAGUAAGAAUUGCUGCCAAGGUGUUACCAGCUAAUACCGGAAUUGUUAUUUUACAUGGCUUGGGAGACACGGCUAAUGGAUUCCCUCGUACUAUCGCCAAUUACUUACGCGGUAUUCCGGCUUUUGAGCAAACAAGUUUCAUAUUACCUGAUGCACCAAUAUCUCCUGUGAGUCUUAAUAAUGGGUACAAAAUGCCAAGUUGGUUUGAUAUUUACGAGCUCAGCGCUCAUCCCUCCAGGGUGGACGCUGACGGUUUUAUGAAAUCGUUAGGAGUUAUUGAAAAAUGUGUCCAAGAACAUAUAGAUGCUGGAAUUAAACCAGAAAACAUUGUCGUAUGCGGGUUUUCCCAAGGUGCAGCCCUGUCAUUGAGCUCAGCCGCUACUUUGCCCGUCAAGAUUGGAGCGUUUGCCGCGUUUUCUGGCUUUGUUACGAUUCCUAACCAAUUAAGGCAAAUAAAGAAAGACCACAAUUUAGAUACUCCCAUAUUCCACGGUCACGGUGAUUCAGACCCUGUAGUGCCGCUAGAGGGCGGAUUUAUAGCCAAAGACUUCUAUCAAAACGAUUGUGGUUUCAAGAAUAUUCAAUUUGAGGUAUACAAGGGAAUGGACCAUUCUGUUUGUCCCGAGGAGAUGGACCAAUUUGUGAAGUUUCUUAAAAGGGCUCUCAAAAUGAAGUAA